UCGCCAUGAUACUCGAAUUGAGCGCUGUCACAUGGACGGCAGUAGGAGAUUUAUAUUGGUGGACAACGGUAUCAUGGCACCUUCCAGUAUAGCCAUUGAUGCGGUCAAUAAAAGAAUUUUCUGGACAGAUAGUAGAUUAGAUCACAUUCAGACAAUUGACUACAAUGGAAAAUUUAGAUUCACGGUUAUAUUGGGUGGUAUUAAGAUUCCCAAUGCUAUCAGCCUAACUCGCUUUGAGGACCAGUUAUAUUGGGCAGAUGAUACUAAGAUGGGAGUGAUGAAGGUGGAUAAAUAUGGAGAUGAGGAUCCGCAACGGAUAUUCCAUGAUCCAAAAAAUAAACGAAUCCGCUGUGUUCGAGUUUUCCAUCAAUCUGUUCAGCACAUGAAGGACAGGAAAAAUCCUUGCUCUGAGAACAAGUGUGAGCAGAUUUGCACUUUGACACACAUUACUGAGAACAAUGGCCUGGGAUAUAAAUGUUUGUGCUCUAUCGGAUAUGAACUCUCAAGCAAUGGCAUUAACUGUACAAAGAUUAACAUCUUGCUCUUGUUUGCUGCUAAAUACUCUGUGAGGGGGAUUUCCCUUACUCCGCCCUCCGAUACUUCUUAUGCAGUGGAUGCCAUUCCCCAGUUAUUCGCUAAAGACACUGGUCAUCUUGGCGUCAACUAUGUGGCAGUAGACUAUGAUGCCGAGGAGAAAAUGGUGUACUUCUCAGACAUCAGGAAUUUCGCCAUCAUGAAAGCCAAAGUGGAUGGAUCAAUCAGACCGUCUGCUCUGACUGUGAAGAAGGUGCGAUCUGUUGAGGGAUUGAGUGUAGACUGGGUCUCCAAGAAUCUCUACUUCACGGACUUCUUUCAGGGCACACUGUCAGUUCUUAGACUGCAGUCCCCUAAUGAGACCCUGGUUCUGAUGUCGGGGACUGGCAAGCCCAGAUCUGUGGUUGUCCAUCCACUGAAGGGGUGGUUGUUUUUUUCUGACUGGAUGAAAAACACUAUGCAGAGCCCCUAUAUUGCCAGAACAUUUGGGGAUGGCACUAACAUGACUAAAAUCAGACAACAUGAGCUGGGCUGGCCCAAUGGACUCAGUAUUGACUUCCACACUGACAGACUGUUCUGGGUAGAUGCCUACUUUGACAGGAUACAGCAUUCAGACUUUGAUGGGGGAGAUGUAAUAACAAUUACUGGAGUGUCUAUUGCUCAUCCCUUUGGAAUUGUUGCCUAUCGAGGAAAAAUAUUUUUCUCUGACUGGAAGUUGGAAGCCAUCAUUCAAAUCAACCAAAAGGGUCAUCAGCAGACUGUCUUGAGAAAAGGAAUAGAGUAUCUACGAGAUAUUACUGUUUAUGAUGAAGAGAUACAACAGAAACCAUUUGAUCAUGCUUGUGUCAAGAGGAAUGGGGACUGUUCUCAUUUCUGCUUCCCGGUGCCGUACUCUGGGGGUAUGCAGCGGUUAGGCAGGAAGUGUGCCUGUCCGUUUGGGAUGAAGCUGAACGAGGACAUGAGGACCUGUCGUCCGGAUAAAGAGGUUUUUAAGGAGGAGAAGUGUCGUCCUGGAUUCUUCACCUGUGACAACAAACGCUGCGUACCGAUCACCUUCACCUGUGACCAGGAAAAUGACUGUCUGGACAAUACAGACGAAAAUAAUUGUACCAAAGGUAGAACCUGUAGCCCUCAGCAUUUCACGUGUCACAACAAUCGCUGUAUAGACCUGAAGUGGAAAUGUGAUGGAGACAACGACUGUGGAGACAGCUCGGAUGAACUCGGCUGCUCUAAUAAAACUUGUGGCCCUACACAGUUCAGGUGUAAUAACACGCUGUGUAUUAAUAGGAGGUUUAAAUGCGACACUGACAAUGAUUGUGGUGAUGGCUCAGAUGAAGGCGAUUUUUGUGGCGCUCACAAAUGCGAUGUGGACCACUUCCAGUGUGGAGAUAAUCGCUGUAUAUUUGACAAGAAAGUCUGUGAUGGAUAUAAGGAUUGUUACGAUGGAUCGGAUGAAAAAGAUUGUCCCCCUUUAGUGUGCGCUGAUGGCAAAUGGACCUGUAAGAAAGUGAGACAGUGCAUUCCUGAGCGGUAUCACUGCGACGGAGCUCCAGACUGUCAGGACAAGAGCGAUGAGCUGGAUUGUCCUACAAGAGAAAACAAUAAGUGUUUGGUAGAUGAGUUUAACUGCACGAAGGGUGGAUGUAUUCCCAAGAGCUGGAAAUGUGAUGGCCAGGCAGAUUGUGAGGAUGGAUCAGAUGAACCUGAUACUUGUCCUGAGCCCACCUGUUGGUCGGACAGGUUCAGGUGUGCCAAUGGUCGCUGUAUUUCCCAGUCCUGGAUCUGUGAUGGAGACGAUGAUUGUGGAGAUAAUUCUGAUGAAGAUCAAAGUCUCACUUGUCCACCUCCUACUUUUAAAUGCCCUCACCAUCAGUGGGAAUGUCCAGGAAAUUCCAGAGUGUGUAUAAACAGAACAAAAGUGUGUGAUGGCAGCCCAGACUGUCCUAAUGGGGAUGAUGAAAGCCCUAUUUGUAAUACGGAUGAAUGUGGUGUUGAGAAUGGUCACUGUAACUUUCUGUGUAUCCAGACGCCGCGAGGGGCCGAGUGUAUUUGUCCUGUGGGUCAGGUAUUGAAUGGAACCAAGGAAUGUGUGGAUGAUAAUGAAUGUGACCCCCCAGGAAAAUGUAGUCAGCAUUGUAUAAAUACCAAAGGGUCGUUUAAAUGCACAUGCGAUCCAGGAUACGAACUGGUCAAUCAAACCACUUGUCUGGCUGAGAGGAAUGAGACUAAGCCCUAUCUCCUCGUGACCAGCCAGAAAGACCUGAUGAAGGCAGGGCUGGAUGUUAUGGAAUUAACAAACAUCCAACUCCCAGGGAUCCAAGCCUUAGCCGGACUGGAUGUCCAUGUAGAAAAACAACAUAUCUUUUUCUCAGACUCUUCUUUAAAGAAGAUUUUCAGGGUUAAUGUGGAUGGCAGUAACCUUACAGAGGUUUUCCCUGUUGGAGUAAAUGUCGUGGAGGAUCUUGCUGUGGAUUGGAUUGGUGGAAACUUGUAUUGGAAUGACUAUGUGGUGGAAACCAUCGAGGUAGCCAAGUUAGAUGGCAGCAUGAAAACCAUCCUGUUCAGCGAGAACAUCACCAACCCGAGAGGCAUCGAAGUCGACCCCCGCAGUGGAGCUCGAUUCCUAUUUUGGACUGAUUGGGGACAGAAUCCAAAGAUAGAGAGAUCAGGGAUGGAUGGAAUUGGGAGGAAAAUCAUUAUUUCAGACAACUUAUACUGGCCUAAUGGAUUGACACUGGACUAUCCCAAUCGAAGGCUGUACUUCACAGAUGCCAGACUUGACUUUAUAGAGUUUUGUAAUUAUGACGGGUCUGGGAGAACAAAAGUUUUUGCAAAUGACCAUUUUUUAAGACAUCCCCAUGACCUUGUUGUGUUUGAAGAUUAUAUGUACUGGACUGAUAGGAUGGCAGGGCGUGUCUCAAAAUGUAAUAAAUUUGACUGUGCAGGACGCAAUGUUGUAGUCAGCUUUAUCCUCAGACCCCUGGGAAUCGCCAUUAUGCAUCCGGCACGACAAGUCAUUCUUCCUCAAGAUACCAAUCCUUGCGCCUCAGUAAUAUGUAGCCAUCUUUGUUUGCUAUCUGCUGAUAAAAAAGUGGGUUACUCUUGUGCGUGUCCAGUUGGUAUGGUUCUGGAAGCGGAUGGUAGGACCUGUAAAGAAGUAACACAGGAGUACCUAGUAUACAUCACAAAGACUGGUCUAAUAGGCCUGACCCUAAACAACAGUACUGUACAUGAUGUGCUGCCUCUCUCCAGCAAACAGAAUGUGUUGGACGUUGACUUUGAUACACUUAACAAAACAAUGUAUAUAGUGCAAAGACCAGAUGUUGGCAAUUCUUCAGUAAAGGCAAUCUCUCUGGUCAAUGGGAAAAUAAAAGAGAUGAGUCCAACAUUGUUUUCUGGGAGUCCCCGUGCCAUUGCAGUGGACUGGAUAGCGAGGAACCUGUACUGGACAGACGAUGAGGCUGGUACUAUAGAGGUGAUGAGGAUGGAUGGAGACAAUCACUACCGUAAAGUUCUCCUCAGCAACACUGGCAAAAACUAUGACUGUGCCAGGCCUGUGUCACUGGUGUUGGAUCCAGACCAUGGGAAGCUGUAUUAUGCUGAUCAGGGAGGAAAUGGACUGUCCUCUAAGAUUGGAGGAAUGAGUCUGAGUGGAAGCAAUCCAUUUAUUGUUUUACAAAGAAGGGUGGAGAAGCCUGAGUACAUCACAAUGGACAGAAAUACAGAGACUUUGUACUGGACAGACUCUGGCAGACAGUGUAUCAUGAAAUGUGGAAUAAGGCCUCGUAGUGUGGCAGUGUUUGUUAACCGACUUAGUCACCCCAGAGGUAUUGCAUUGUUCCGAGACAAACUCUAUUAUGUUGAUGCCGACUUUGAGUCAAUCUUUGCCGUUCCACUUAACUCACCUGAGAAACGCAGACAGGUUAUCAAAACAAAUAUUGUUAUGCUUCAUGGUCUGAAAAUCUACAGGGAACUUCAUAAGGAAGAAAUACGACCUCAUGGAUGCGUGGUGAAACAUGGUGGGACUCUGAACGAGAAGAAGAUCAGCUAUGGGAACUGUGAGCAGCUUUGUCUCCCAGGGCCAGGACAAUACCGCUGGAAAAACCUUUGUCAAUGCUCAACAGGCUACCAGAUGAACUCCACCACAGGAAAGUGCUACAUGGAGGACACCUUUGCGGUGGUAUCCAUGCUGGAAGUGAUUCGUGGAUUCUCCCUCAGCCCCAGUCACAAUGAUGCCAUGGUUCCCAUCAGAGGACCAGAUCGUGUUGCUCUACACGUGGACGUCCAUAUAGCAGGGCAACACAUAUACUGGUGUGAUUAUGAUCCCACGGGUGCAAAGCUUGGUAAUAACAAUGGAAUCCGCAGGAUCCGUGCUGAUGGAUCUGGAUUUGAGGAAGUAGUUGUGGAUGGAAUUGGCAUGAAGUCCGGAGAUGGUAUAAAAGGAAUUGUUGUGGACUGGGUUGCAGGAAAUCUGUAUUUCACCAACUCUAAAAACUAUGUGACUUAUAUGGAGGUCAGCAGAAUGAAUGGAACCCAUCGUAUGAUAUUGUUUCAAGAGAAACAGGCUACCCCAAGAGCUCUGGCUGUGAAUCCGAUUAAAAGAUAUCUGUACUGGCUAGAUCAGGGUCAGUUUCCAAAGAUAGAGAGAUCCCACCUGGACGGUAGUAAUAGGACUGUUCUAGUUAAGAAUGGAAUCAUUUACCCGCGUGGCAUCACUAUUGAUAUAUUAACACAUGAGGUCUACUGGGUCGACUCUAGAGUAGAUGCUAUACAGAAAAUGUCAUUCAGUGGAGGAAACAGAGAAUAUGUCAUGAGUAAUCUCCCUUCCCCUUUUGGAAUUGCUAUCAAGGGAAAUUACAUGUAUUGGGUGGAUCGCAAUUUAAAGAAGGUGUUUAAAGCCAGAAAAUAUAGUAAAAGUGCUAGAAGAACUGUCCUGAAGAAUAAUCUAGAGAUGCUGAGAGACAUUGCCAUCUUCCACAGCUCAGUGCAGCCCAAUGUGUCCAGUCCCUGUAGUGUUAACAAUGGAGGAUGUGAGCAGCUCUGUUUCUCCUUCCCAAACAAGACGAAACCUAGAUGUCAGUGUGCAACAGGUAUCCUCAAUAAGGACGGCCAAUCCUGCCAAGCCCCUACUGAGUUCCUCGUGAUUGCUGCUGAGUCGGAGAUCAUUAGUGUUUCCUUAGACCCCCGGAUUAAGUCGGCCCCCAUGCCCCCCAUUAAGGGACUGUUUGGAGUGGUGGCUGUGGACUUUGACUAUGACGAGAAUUACGUGUACUUCUCUCAGGUUCUUGGGAGGACAAUCAGCCGAGUUAAAAAAGGGACCAACAAAGUAGAGGACAUGGCCAAAACUGGAAAUGACUCUAAAAGCCUUAGAGCUGCUUCAGCAACAGCGGAGGGCUUGGCUGUUGACUGGGUGGGGAAGAAGAUAUACUGGUCAGAUGUGUUCAGCGGUCAGAUUAUGAGUAUGACUACCAACAAGACGCACAAGACUCCUUUGGCCAAUGUGGCUACCCCUCGGGCAGUGGCCGUCCAUCCCUGCAAGGGGUAUCUUUUCUGGACAGACUGGACCCUUCCCAAAAUAGAAAGAAGCACCAUGGCUGGGAACUUUCGAACCACCAUAAUAGAGACAGACCUAGGCUGGCCCAAUGGUCUCUCCAUUGAUUAUGAUGAGGACAUGCUAUAUUGGGCAGAUGCUUUAAGAGACAGAAUUGAGCGGGCCAACUUCAAUGGGCAGUACAGGGAGAUAAUUGUACAGUCUACGGUCCAUCCGUACUCCAUGACGGUGUUUGGUCACUAUGUGUAUUGGACAGACUGGACACUGCAUGGGGUUUACAGAGCAGAGAAACACACAGGUGCCAACAUGGUUGUUAUGGUGGAAGGAAUUCUUAAUCGUCCCAUGGGAAUUUCAGUCUUCUCUCAUCGCAGGCAGAAAUGUGACAAUGACCCCUGUGUGCCAUAUAAUGGAGGUUGUAGUCACAGCUGUCAUCCGGCACCAAAUGGCAAGGCGGAAUGUAAAUGUCCAGAAGAACACGGCGUGGAUUACAUUUUGGGUAACGGGGGCAAGAUGUGCAUCCCCAAGAACAACACAUGUAAAUCUAACCAAUUUGUGUGCGGGAGUGGAGAAUGUUUCAACUACAGAUGGGUGUGUGACUCAGACGUCGACUGUCAAGAUGGAUCGGACGAAAACGAAAAUAUGUGUGCUACUCAUGUAUGCGACCCGACCUUUUUCCGCUGUAAUAAUGGGCGGUGUAUACAGCCACAAUAUCGCUGUGACCAUGAAGACGAUUGCAAGGACAAUUCGGAUGAGGCAGACUGUGAUUAUCCAAAAUGCACAGAGAAACAAUUUAAAUGCAAGAAUUCCCGAUGCAUCAGCAAGAACCUGGUUUGUAAUGGAGAAGACAACUGCCGAGAUGGCACCAAGACUGAUGAAAUCAAUUGUCCUGAUCGUCCCUGUGAGAAGGGGAAAACAAAGUGCCCCAACAGUAACAAGUGCUUGGCCCGCCGAUAUCUCUGUGACGGGGAUGACGACUGUGGCGACAAUUCGGACGAAAACCCUUUAUUCUGUAAAUCAGUGGCUUGCACUGAAGGCUACUUUGAGUGCAAAUUGACCCACAAAUGUAUCCCCAAGAACUGGUACUGUGAUGGAGACGAUGACUGUGGAAUGGGAGAGGAUGAAACCCCAAGCUGUGAGAAGAAGAACAACACCUGUUCCGAUACCCAGUUUACAUGUGGGAAUGGUCGCUGUAUUUCAAAGAGGUGGGUGUGCGAUGGGGAUGAUGAUUGCAUGGACAACUCAGACGAGGCUCCAGAACUGAAAUGUGAGGAGAGGGCCUGCCCUGCAGACACCUUCACAUGCCAGUCCAACAAACGGCUGGGACGCUACUCCUGUAUAGACAAACGUCUGGUGUGUGAUGGGGUGAAGAAUUGUGUGGAGGGCGAGGAUGAGAUGGAGAACUGCCCCUCCCGGACCUGCCAGCCGGGAGAGUUCCAGUGUACUAACGGGAUCUGUAUCGCACAGUCCUUCCACUGUGACCACGAUAAUGACUGUGGGGAUGGGUCAGAUGAGACAGACGCCUGCAAGUACCCACCAUGUGAUGAGGGGAAGUUUGAAUGUGACAACCAGCGCUGUAUUGCUGCGAGAUUUGUAUGUGAUGGUGACAAUGACUGCAAGGAUAAUUCAGAUGAAAAGAACUGCACUCACACAGAGAACAAGUGUCCUAAAGGAGAAUUCCAGUGUAAGAACGGAAAAUGCAUUGACUACAAGCUUGUCUGCAACAAAGACUUUAACUGUGACGACGAGUCGGAUGAGAAUAGAUGCAAUAUUAAUGAAUGUGAAUCUCCGCUGAGCAACACCUGUGAGCACAUUUGUAGAGACACCAUUACCAGCUUUGUGUGUGAAUGUGAAUCAGGCUACAAACUCCAAACGGAUAAAAAGACCUGCCAAGACAUUAACGAGUGCACUGAGGUGCCAGGAGCUUGUAGUCAGACGUGUAUUAAUACCCCAGGUAAUUUUACCUGCAAGUGUGAGGAUGGUUACAAGAAGGAUAUCAAUGGCAGGUCCUGCAAGAAAACUGACAAUGUGACCCCCUGGUUGAUAUUCACCAACAAAUACUACAUUAGAGAGCUCUCAACAGAUAGUAAGAAUUAUCGUCGUGUCUCUCAAGGCUUUGACAAUGUUGUGGCCUUUGAUUUUGACUACCGAGAAGAUCGGCUUUACUUCACUGAUGUCAGAGCUAAGAAAAUGUACAGAAUGCAUUUGAAUGGCACUAACAAGGAAGUGAUAGUAAGACAUGGUAUGUUGGGAGCUGAGGGUCUGGCUGUCGAUUGGAUAGGGAGAAAAGUUUACUGGGUUGACAGCAGAAAGCAGUCUAUGUAUGUUACAGAGAUGAAUGGCACCAGUCGACUUACACUACUGAAGGGAGGAUUUAUGAAAAAUCCCCGGGCCAUCGUGGUAGAUCCCAUUCGAGGACAUGCAUACUGGACCGACUGGACAGUCACCCCUUACAUUGGGUCGAUAGGAAUGAAUGGAGAAAACGCUUCCAAGGUCAUCACUAACAAGUUAGGCUGGCCCAAUGCUCUGGCAGUGGACAUUGUCAAUGAUCGGCUGUGGUGGGGAGAUGCUCAUCUAGACUACAUUGAAUAUGCCAACACAGAUGGCACGAAUCGGCAUAUUGUGAUGCAGGGAAAGGUGCCCCACCCCUUUGCCAUCACUCUGUUUGAAGAUUUCAUGUACUGGACUGACUGGAAUCACAAGUCUGUGGAGAAAGCUAACAGAUUUACUGGCGCUAAUCACACAGUGUUACAACAUGUUACACACAGGCCAAUGGACAUACAUAUCUACCACCCACUGCAACAACCCAAAGGAGUCAAUCCCUGUGGAAACAACAAUGGUGGGUGCUCACACCUGUGCCUGAUCACCCCUGGGGGUCAGAGUUACACCUGUAACUGUCCUAACGACUUCCUUCUGAGUGUGGAUAAAAAGACCUGUGUAGCCAACUGCAGCAGUAGCCAGUUCAGGUGUGGGAUUACAGAUGACAGAUGUAUUCCUAAAAUCUGGAAAUGUGACGGAGAACCAGACUGCUUGGACAACUCGGAUGAACCUGCAGAUUGUCCUGUGAAUCACUGUGCCCCUGGCCAAUUCCAGUGCAAAAACAAGAACUGUACUUAUGCCUUUAGUGUGUGUGACCUUCAUGAUGAUUGCGGGGAUAACUCAGAUGAGGAGGAUUGUGAGAAUCGGCAGUGUGAACACUGGCAGUACAAGUGUGGCAACAACAAAUGUAUCCCCCAGGGCUGGGUGUGUGAUGGGGACGACGAUUGUGGAGAUAACAGCGAGGAGCAUCCCUCCAUCUGUGGGAACAGAACCUGUGAGUCCCACCAGUUUACGUGUGACAAUGGUAAAUGUAUUCCUUCGUCCUGGCACUGUGAUUACGAUGAUGACUGUGGAGAUGGCUCUGAUGAGAAGAAAGAGUGGAAUUGUGAGGCUAGGAAAUGUGUAGAGGGCUGGUGGAAAUGUAAAACAAAUUACCGCUGUAUUCCAAAUUGGCAGCGAUGUGAUGGACAAGACGAUUGCCGUGACAACAGUGAUGAAAAUGAGGCAGACUGUCCCAAGUGUCAUCCCACUGGGGACUGGCAGUGUGCCAACAAACGCUGCAUCCCCAAACGCUGGCUGUGCGACUUUGAUAGUGACUGUGAGGAUAAGAGUGAUGAGGACUCCAAACUCUGCGCCAAUUUGUAUAGAAACUGCUCUGAGUCGGAAUUCCGCUGUGACAAUCAGAAAUGUAUCCGAGGGAAAUGGCGCUGUGACCAUGACAAUGAUUGUGGUGACAAUUCAGACGAAGAUCCUGUUUACUGCAAAAAAUACCAUAAGUGUGACAGUGGUCAGUUUCAGUGUGCGAGUGGUCAUUGUAUCAGCAACAAGACCCUGUGUGAUGGCCGACGAAACUGCUUGGACAUGUCGGAUGAGAAAAAUUGUAAUCCUAGAUUUCCAGGAGGCAGAUUUUGUCCUGCUAACAAAUUUGAGUGUGCCAACACAAUCUGUAUCCCCAAAGAGUGGCAGUGUGACGGUAACAAUGACUGUGGGGACGGGUCAGAUGAGGAGGAUGGUAUCUGUAGCAACAUCCCAUGUGAUCAAAAAACUCGAUUCCGGUGCAACAACAACAAAUGUAUUCCCCGGUGGCGUCUCUGUGAUAAAGUGGACAACUGUGGAGAUGGAUCAGAUGAAAACAACCUGGAUAUCUGUGGAGUUAAAUUGGACCAUUGUGAUCCUACACAGUACAAGUGUGCAAAUAAAAAAUGCAUUGUUGCUACAAAGGUGUGUGACAGUGUUGAUGAUUGUGGGGACUUGUCUGACGAAACGGGAUGUCAUAAAUCAGUUGGCCAUGUGAAUUGCAGUGUAGACAAUGGUGGAUGUGAUCACAACUGUACAGAUUUGAAGAGAUCAGGCUUUCUGUGUUCCUGUAAACCAGGCUUCCAAAUCUCCGAUAACAAAAAGUCAUGUGAAGAUGUUGAUGAAUGUUCCAUAUGGGGAAACCAGUGUCCUCAGAUUUGUCGCAAUGUAAAAGGUUCCUACAAGUGUAAGUGCAAUGACGGAUUCUCUGAUGUCAAAGGCAAGGGAACAAAAUGCAAAGCAGAAGGAAUGACUGCCGUUUUCUUUACCACUGGGCACGAGAUUCGUCAGAUAAUUAUAGAUCGUAAGGACUACUCGGGAACUGUAAACAGUGGGCAGUAUCUGGGUGGUAUAGAUGUGGACAUGGGCCGCAAACUAAUCUACUGGACAGAUACGUCAAUGAAGAAGAUCCGAAGGGCAGGGAUCCCCCAAAACAUGAAGGCGGACACAGAGGCCCUGCCUCAAGACCUGAACAUCGUGACCUACCAGCCAGAAGAUGUGGCAAUAGACUGGGUGGCAAGGAACAUAUACUGGACAGAUUCUGCCCACAAUACAAUAUCUGUGGCUAGAAGUGAUGGUCGCUAUGCCAAAAUUUUAAUAAAAAAUGACCUUCAGUUCCCACUGGCUAUUGCUGUUAAUCCAAAACUAGGUUGGAUGUACUGGACUGAUGCAAGUGGUUCAUAUCCCAAGAUCGAGAGGGCAUGGAUGAAUGGGGAUCAUCGGGAAGAGCUGGUGGCAACUCGACUGGGGCGCCCUACAGGGCUGACUAUUGAUGACCAUAUGAAUGAUAGAGUGUUCUGGUGUGACUCUAAAGAGAACCUCAUUGAGUCCAUGAAUGCUGAUGGUUCAGACAGAAUCACUGUUAUAGGCAGAGGUAUAAUAAAUCCCAUCAGUUUAGAUGUAUUUGAGAGUACCCUGUAUUGGGCCUCCCAGCAGACAGGCAAGCUGAUGACCAUGGACAAGUUUGGACGUGGCAUCAACAUUACACUACAGGCCGGACUUUUGCUUCCUUCCUCCCUCAAGGUCUUCCACCCAAGGCGACACAAUAUGACAGUAAAGAACCGUUGCUUGUCUUCCACUGAGAAAUGCAGUCAUUUGUGUCUGUUGACACCAGAAGGUUUCAGCUGUGCCUGUCCAGAAAGGACACAAUUCAGAGAUCCUUUCACAUGUGAUGCAGCUUGGGAAGAAGAAAUACCAGAUCCAGAACUUUGUGCAUGUUAUAAUGGAGGAACUUGUUUGAUGUUGAAUGGUUCCCAGUUAUGUCAAUGCCAGAAGGGUUUUGGUGGUGAAGACUGCCUCAUAAAACUACCAGAAAAACUGACCAAACAAGAUGGUUCUGCCUCAGAUGUGGUAGGAAUAAUAAUUCCUGUUGUCGUUGUUGCUUUCCUUUCUGUGACAUUCAUCUUAUUCCUAUUCAUUCUCAAGAAAAAAGGAAAAUUGUUACUGAAGGCUCAAGAUCUGAAAGUGGGGUCUAGUAGUGUAUCCUACCGAGAGGGAGGAAAUGUCCAGAUUGCUCCACCAUUUAAUAUUGAGGAGCCAAAUCCAAACUCAAGUGAAGGUGAAAUUGACUCCACAAACUUUAGUAACCCAAUGUUUUUCAAAGAGGAGGGUUUAGACACUACCCUACGCAGUGCUCCUGAUAUAGCAGCCCCUGCUGGGUCAAUAACAUUGUCACAAAGUGAUGUGACACACACAAAUGGACAUGUGGACUCCUCCAUCUAACACAGCAGUUAUGUCAUCAAUGCCUUAUUGAAUCUUCAUUCUGCAAAUUGGAACCCAAUGGUUGGAUGUAAAGAUUGUUAGAUGUUUAUUGCAAGAUGAGGAAUGAAUGUUGCAGUUGACUUUUUUUUAAAUUGUGCAGUGUUUGUUUAUAUGUUUUUGAGAGCAAUAUUGUAUGUGUGCUAACUGAGGAUCAUCAAGCUUUUGUCUUUGUAUAUUAUUUUUUACUUAUAUCCAAAAUUUUCUUUGUACAUGCCAGGUUGUAUAUUGUUUAUCAUUGCUUUUGAGAAUAUAGACAAAAAUGCUAAUAAAAGUAUUGAUUAAAUAUAUUUACCAAACUACCGAAAACAUUCUUGUAAAACGCUUUUAUCUAUGAUGGCAUUGCAUUGGAUUAAGGUGGUACGAGAGUUUUCAAAAUAACAUGGUCAUACUAACUAACAAACAAACAAAAUGUUCAUUAAUGGAUAUAAUGUAUUGUUGAUGAAGAAAGGAAUAUAAUAACAACAGUAUAUUAUAUGAUUUAUUUCAUAAAACAGUUCCUUGCAUAUUGGGACUAGAGUACCAUACUUUUAAAUGUGAAUGAUUUUAUAAGUUCUGUAUAUGUAGGCAUUUCGUAAUGAGACAAACAUUUUGUCGAUUUUGAUCAAAGAGGGUAACCAAAGCUCUGUUUAUGGUACUGUCAAGUUGGCCCAUCUGCUGGAAAUUCUCUCACAGUGUUGACUUAUCUGCACACCCCAUGAAGA